AUGUCCGAUCUUUCUGGCCAGAUCUACGCUGCCUCGUCCAAUCCCAUCGGCAACAUGCGAAACAAGACUCACAACUCGUCGAUGAACUCCCGAUGGCGCUUCACUCGAUCCACCGCGAACCUCCAGGAACCGGUUGCACGGUCACCGUCCGUAGCAUCUCAGACCCCGUCAAUAGUACCCCCCAAGAAGCUGGAACGCGUAACAUCUAAGAUGUCGCUGUUCAGCCUCUUCAGUCGACCCAAAGUAGAGAAGGCUCGUGGACAUACCGAAGUCGGCCUUGCCGUACCGAUGCGACCACAGACUCCGCCUAAACCUACUCAACCUAUCUCCAUACCGAAGUCUUCCCUGAGACAGAACCCUUCCCCGCCCGCUCAACAGACCAUUCGCGCACGCUCAAGCCAGAUGUUCCGACCCAUGUCCAUGCGACCAGCUGUACAACAUCACGAAUUUGGAAAUUGGGACCCCCCUCCGCUGUUUCAGGCUUUCCCACAGUCUUUGAAGCAUGCCACUGUACAAGCAUGUGUAUUCGCUCCAGAGAUCCUGAUGAGAUCACAGAGCCAAAGGCAGCAAGCUGAGUCGAUACGUGAGAAAAUGGACAAUCAGCGCGACCUUUCCACAAUCGCAGAGAACGGUACAGAGACAAAGAAGCUGGAGAAGACACACAAGCGUCUCAUGUCCAACUCUGUAUUGAACCCUCAGACUCCAGAACUUGUCAACAAAAUAUACAUCUUGGUUACUGCAGGAUUCGUGCUCCAGUACGCUGGUGAUGGGGCUUUCGAUCGUCUGCCUGAGAAAGUGCUAAAGCUGGGAAAGGAAUCAGCGGCCUUUGCGUGCGAUCUUAUACCUGGCAAGCACUGGGUGCUACAGAUUUCCAGUCACGCCAGCGAUGACGGAACAUUCGAGUCAGGGCCAAAGAACUCUCUUCUUGCUCGCUUACGAACACAAAAUGCUACCAUGCGCAAGUCAGCCACAAGCUUCCUUCUGGUUCUCGAGAGCGCGGAAGAGAUGGAUGAGUGGAUGACCAUUGUGCGAAAGGAGAUCGACAACCUUGGCGGCAUGAAGGCAAAGGAUGACUUCGCUCGAGCGUCCUCUUCUACUGAUGACUCUGGUGGAAAGAACUCAUCAGAGACUACCAGUCAUCGGUACAGAGUCAAUCGGGACCCACACAUCGUCAGCAGGGUUGUGCCAGUUGAAUCACAGCAUUCCACAUCGCCAAAGAUUGUAGCCUCUGAGUGGGAAGCGAACCAGAACGAUCAAACAAAGAACAGUAUCGACUCGUCUAGUGGACAGUCCGCUCGCUUUAACACCAACAACCGUCUUUCAGUGGAGAUGUCAUCUGUCGCUUCGACGCCUGUCUCUCAACAUCAGGUGCAGUUGGACCAGCUUCGCGGACGAUCACGAUACUCGUUCAUGUCAACAGCUACGUCAGCAUCAGGUGCCGGCACGCGCAAUACUUCGCGAGAGUCAUCUCCAGCACCACAUUCGCCCCUCAAAGAGGAGUUUACUGCGACUGGGGAUAGUGAGCCUCUCCGGAGCGCAAUGUCUCUACGGUCGUUCCACAUGAAUCCCAACAACACCAUGUCGUCUCGCCGCAGGUCAAUGCAGCCUUUGCCAAUCACAAAUGAGGACUUGAGCCAGACUGUGACAACACCCCCUACGAGUAAACGACACUCCCUGUACAACCCGGUCUCCCCAACUGUCCCAGAAUUAGGCCAGCCUUUCGUUGCAGGUCCAGCGGCACCACUAAAGAAGGAAACAGCACCAAACAAAGCCGAUGCUCCGCCCGCUACCGCGCAGGUUACUGAUGCUGUACGCUCAUCGCCUCCUCAAUUGAAGACCGAAGUAUCUGGUCAGGCUGAUGACAACGAUCUUCUAUCAACUCGAGAAGAUAGUCCGGUACGGUUCAAUGCGCAUGCAUACAGUGCGCUACCACGACGGGACGCAAUCUCUCCACCGCCCAAGGACCCUGCCCCAGUACCCCCGCCUCCUGCUCAACGUCAAUCAAUGAUGGGUCCAGCCCCCAUGUACGCUUCUACUGCUGGCGAUUCCAAGACUCGGCGUCGAACUUCUGCUUCACCAAAGCCUUUUCUACGACCAUUCCCAGUACGACCACAAGCACAACAUGGCGAUUCAUCCACAAUCGUAGCGAGGCGACAGUCUUCUCUUACACCAUCGCCCACACCCUCGCCUUUGCCUCCGGGUGUCCACAUGAACCGAUCGGUAACUGCGCCCAUAAGGCCACCUUCGGCAGCUUCGAACAUGCAGCCCACCACUAACCCUCAUGGUCUACAUUCUGCUCAAGCAUCACAAGCUCUGCGCCGUCCUGCUUCAGUCCAGAUCCGUUCUGCUGACCCCGCGCCAUUCCUGUCAUCCCGCCCAAUCCGUGCCAUUGCAUCUACGCCAUCAUUCGUUCCCGGCCGAAGAAUGUCUAAUGCACCUGUUCCCUCAUCAGACGCUGCCGCGCAUAGACCAACACCCAGCAUCGAAGCGCUGAGACAGCAGGCGUUCGCACAACAAAAGACCAUUACACCCAGACGUAGUAUAGCAUCUAUGGGACUGCCACCACCCGCACCACCACCAAACAAGGCAUUGCCUACUCCACCACGCAACAUAACUUCGCCCACUCCUCCACCUAAUAUGCCACUUCCCCCACCGCCACCGAGCAUGGGUCUUCCAGCUCCUCCACCCACUAUGCCGUUGCCGCCUACACCACCGGAAGCUGCGUUACGUGCUUCGGCAAUCUAA